CCGGCACAAUUGGCUAUAAUUAGAUUUGUCGGUAUAUUUGUGUUAACUAUUCCAGUGGUUGUCUGGUAUGGCGUAAACCCUUUCGGUCCAAAAGAGGUUCGCCAUAUACUAGUACUGCGGGCUAUAACGGGCACGACUGCACUCUUCCUCCGGUUCUAUGCCUUCCGAUACCUAACCCUCGCCGACGCCUCUGAGCCGUGUGGUAUACUUCAGACAGUGAUAGUUGUGCUGACAUUAGUUGGUCUCUCACUCACCACAAGACUUGUAUUGAUUUUUGUGCCAAAGAGUGAACCGAUUUCAGUACUAAACUCAACACAAAUACCAAUGAAUUCAACCCAUAAUUACCACAAAUUUAGCGCUGAAAUUGAGUCAAAUAAUUAUUUGUAUGGCAUUAUCGCCGCCCUGUCCUCAACCAUAUUCACGGCAGCGGCGGAAAAGGCGGGUCCGGUAUCAGUGGUGAGAGCGGCCACCGAUAUAUUGCUGAGAGGAAUAAUGUCUAUCAAAAUAGACACAAACUAUAACAAGAAGAAUAUCCCGCAUAUCAUCAUAAGAGGUGAUCCAUACACUCGUGGACUCAGUUAUGGACAACAAAUGAAGAAGAAGAUUGUGAAGAAUCUGCACUUUUAUAAAGACCGAUACCAACUGCUCGACUGGACACAAGUCGAGCAGUUUAUGAAUAAAAACUAUGUAAAAGCUCUGAAGAAAUACUUCCCGUCGGGUCUCCAAGAGAUGAGAGGUAUAGCCGCCGGCGCUGACGUCUCGCUCGAAGACAUCAUAGCAUUGAACGCCAGGUAUGAGUUGAUGCGCUGGAAUCGGGAGCUCAUCAAAAAGAGCAACCAAUCCAUGAAUGGUGUGCCCACACAAAAACAAGUAAUUUUGCCUCAAUUGCCUCACGAGUGCACUUCAGGCGUAUGUCUAUCAAAGGCCACACAAUCGGGUGAUGUCCUGAUGGGACAGAAUUGGGAUCAAAACAAGCGUAUGUUAGCCGACGAUAUGAUACUUGUGCUGGAAGUACAUCCCGACCCCUCCGAGAAUAAAGUGCCCCUCAUUAUGCUUACAGAAGUGGGACAGUUAGGUCGUAGUGGCAUAAAUGCUAAUGGACUUGGCAUAACUGGUAUGAGUUUGUUCUCUAGCGAUGAUUUGUUUGGCGAAGACAGCGGAUCCGGUUAUAUACCAAUGGGUCUCUUCAGGCGUAUGUUUCUGGAGGCGCCCAACUUUCCGGUGGGGCUCAAGAGUCUGAUCGACGCUCCCAGACAUGUGUCCAUUAAUAUGACUGUGGCGUCGGCUGAGGGCGAGGCCUUCAACAUAGAGAUGACACCCAAACACUACUUCGUCUCUUACCCGCCCUUUGAUACCGAUAUCAUAACGCAUUGCAAUCUCUUUAAAUCCGAUGCAUUCUUUGCCAACGGAUCCGUUAGAGACACUUAUAUCUGCGGCUCGUCUCUCAUCCGCGACCAACAAAUGCAAAGAGAGUUACGAAACAAAUGGGGAACUAUUGAUGAGAAAAGUUUUACCGAUUGUUUUAAAAAUCAUUUGUGUUUUCCGGACUCUCUGUGCGCUCACAUACCAGAGAAGGGAAGGGAAUACCUGUCGACAAAUCCCAAUCUCUGUACUAUCGCUAAUAUUGUAAUGAAUUUAACGACUAAACGGCUCCGGGAGACUAUCCAACACAUCAUCAUAAGAGGUGAUCCAUACACUCGUGGACACAGUUAUGGACAACAGUUGAAGGAGAAGAUUGUGAAGAAUAUAAACUAUUAUAAAGAACUCUACCAUCUUCUCGAUUGGAGACAAGUCGAGCAGUUUAUGAAUAAAAAUUAUGUAAAAGCUCUGAACAAAUAUUUCCCGUCGGGUCUCCAAGAGAUGAGAGGUAUAGCGACCGGCGCUGACGUCUCACUCGAGGACAUAAUACUUUUAAACGCAAGAUAUGAGUUAAUGAAGUGGAACCGACAGCUCAUUAAGAAAAACAGAGAGCAGUUGACAAAUGUCCCAAAGGAUAAACAGAUAGAUUUGCCUCCAGCGCCACACGAGUGCACUUCAGCCGUAUGUCUAUCAAAGGCCACCCAAACGGGUGAUGUCCUUAUGGGACAGAAUUGGGAUCAACACAAGCGUAUGUUAGCCGACGAUAUGCUGCUUCUGUUGGAAGUAUAUCCCGAUUCUUCCGAGAAUAAGGUGCCGCUCAUUAUGCUUACAGAAGUGGGACAAUUAGGCCGCAGCGGCAUCACUGGAAUGAGUAUUUUCUCCAGCGAUGAUGUGUUUGGCAAAGACAGCGGAUCCGGUUAUAUACCUAUUAGUCUAUUAAGACGUAUGUUUCUGGAGGCGCCCACAUUCCCGGUGGCGAUACGGCGACUACUGAUCGCUCCCAGACAUGUGUCCGUCAAUAUGACUGUGGCAUCGGCUGAGGGCGAGGCCUUCAACAUAGAGAUGACACCCAAACACUACUUCGUCUCUUACCCUCCCUUUGAUACCGGUAUCAUAACUCACAGCAAUCUUUUCAAAUCCGAUGCAUUCUUUGCCAACGGAUCCGUCAAAGACACGUAUAACUGCAGCUCAUCGCUGAUCCGCGACCGACAGAUGCAAAGAGAGUUACUCAAGAGAUUGGGAACUAUUGAUGAGAAGAGUUUUACCGAUUGUUUUAAAAAUCAUUUGUGUUUUCCGGACUCACUGUGCGCUCACAUACCAGAGAAGGGAAGGGAAGACAUGUCAACGACACCCAAUUUCUGCACUAUCGCUAAUAUUGUCAUGAAUUUGACGACUAAACGACUCCGUUUGUUAUAUAAAUCU